AUGGCGCGGCCGCGUUGCAGCAACGCCGUCUUCGCGUCCUUCAACGUCCUCACCCUCCUCCUCGGCGCGGCCGUGCUCGCGUGGGGCAUCUACGCCGGCCGCGGUGCCACCGACUGCGAGCGCUUACUCCGCACGCCGGCCCUGCUCCUCGGCGCUGCCAUCAUGGCCGUCUCCGCGGCCGGCAUCGCGGGCGCCUGCUGCCGCGCGUCGCUCCUCCUCUGGAUCUACCUUUUCCUCGCCGCACUGCUCAUCCUCGUCGUGCUCUGCUUCGCCGCCUUCGCGCUCGCCGUCACAAACGCCGGCGCCGGGCGGGCCGUGUCCGGGAGAGGGUUCAAGGAGUACCGGCUCGGGGACUACUCCAGCUGGCUCAGGCGGAGGGUGGAGGACGGACGCACGUGGGGAAGGAUCAGGAGCUGCCUUACGGAGGCCGGCGUGUGCCGGAGCCUGCAGAGCAACCGGACAUUCGACGAGUUCGUCAACGACAACCUCUCGCCGCUGCAAUCUGGAUGCUGCAAGCCCCCAACUGAAUGCAACUUCGCAUACCUGAACGAGACCUACUGGACCAAGCCCUCUGGCCCCAGCAACUCUUCCAACCCUGACUGCGACACCUGGUCGAACGACCAGUCUGAGCUCUGCUACGGCUGCCAGUCUUGCAAGGCCGGCGUCCUGGGUAACCUCAAGAACAGCUGGAAGAAGAUUGCCAUCAUCAAUGCGGCGUUCAUCGUUCUCCUCAUCGUCGUCUACUCCCUUGGGUGCUGCGUGCUUCGGAACAACCGGCGGCACAAGUACACUCUAGUUGGGAAGUAGGCAUAUAUCUUCAGAAGAUGCGUGCCAUGUAUAUGUGUGUGUUCUCAUGUUCCCACCGUAAGCUGUUUCUGAACCUUUUAUAUGUUGUUUGAUGAGCCUUCCAUGUAAUAGUCAGCGUAUACGACAUGGUUCAUGGUGGGAGUCUCAACUGUAUGAUAUCUGUAAGAAUAACAUGGUGCCAUGAUUUUGGAGCAGACAUUUUAUCCCAGUCAAUUUUUGUUCAAA